UUUUACUACUAGUUAUAAAAAAAAUGGCUAAACUACUCUUAGUAGCAAUUAGCAGUAUUUUACUUAAAGAAAUAAGUGGUCAUGGCAUGAUGUUGGAACCACCAAACAGAAGCUCUCUGUGGCGGUACGACAAAUCCGCUUUACCAAAUUAUCAAGACAAUCAGAAUUUUUGUGGGGGAUAUUAUGUCCAAUGGGAAUUAAAUGGUGGAAAAUGCGGAGUCUGUGGUGACACUUACAGCGAUCCUCAUCCUCAAAAUAACGAAAAUACUGGCAAAUAUGGUUCUGGAAAAAUCGUACGUACAUACGAAGCUGGGAGUGUCAUAAAUGUUAAAGUUUGGUUGUCUAAAAAUCAUUUGGGAAGUUUUGAAUUUAGUUUAUGCGAAAUCACUAAUUCCAAUGCUCCCGAAAGUGGAGAGGAAUGUUUUGAAGUCUUGUCUUUGGCUGAUGGUUUAAAACAAUAUAAUGUUUCAGCGGGAGAAACUGACGUUUCUGUAGCUUUGCAACUGCCGAAAGGUAAAACUUGUGCUCAUUGUGUGUUAAGAUGGCAUUAUCGUGCAGGUAAUAAUUGGGGUGAUUGUGGCGAUGGUACUUGGGCCAAAGGAUGCGGGUCACAAGAAACUUUCCGCACUUGUGCUGAUGUAGCUAUAGUUUAACUACAAAUAAAUUAUUUUGGUUAAUAA